GCUUCUACAAACAUACACAUAUUCCUUCUUUGCUCGAUUGAAACGCCAGUCCCACGCCGCAGACUUCGCUAGAGCUCGGGCCUGGAAAUUUUUGCGCGCGGCUGACAGUGCCUUGACUCACUUCUUUCGGGCUUAUACUCAGCGAGGCGCUUCAUCGUCUUGCCUUGUUUGAAGUGCUUGUGUCGCUUCUGCUCGACGCGCCCAAUUUCCAGACGGUACUUGGAAGAACGUUCGGGAACUUUCACGGACGCUGCAGCUUGUAGGAUGACAUCUACCCGCGUUUCCGGAAUUUGCCUCACCAUCCUGUGCGUAUCGCUACUCUGUGCGGUACAGCAGACAGCUGCCCUCUCGUACGAGGUCUGCGAGUCAUAUGGUGCAACGUGGAUUACAGACUCUCCACGCCUCACCGGAAAAUAUCCUUACUACAGCCUUCUCUUCUUCUGCAACGGUGGCCUCAACAUUGAGGGCAAGCAGGUGGAUGCGUGCUUGGGCAAUGGUGCAGCCUGCGGCCAGCCAGCAGCUGAUGCUUUCUGCAAGUACGUUGGCUUUGACGGCGCAGCGGCUGACCUGUUCAAGACUGGCCCUGCUGACGAGCCUGCCCGCGCUGUGUCUGGUGAGUGGUGCGUGAACGAGGGCCAGUACGCAGACCUUGGGGGGCUGAACCGCACCAGCUUCGAGGCGCUCAUGAGCUCAACGGCCAACUCGCCGCGCUGCAACCGCCUGACGUCCGCCACCUGCUUCCGCAGCCGCGACACUCUUGGCAAGGCUUUUGCCGCCGCGCAGGCCAUCGAUGCCAAGGCCAUCGUGAGCAAGAGCGUGCAGGGCUCAGUGAUCCAGUCAGCUGUGACUGCUGGUGCGCCAACUGUGGCAACCCCCGCCAAUGCAAACAUGGACGUGGCUGCCGUGGGCGGCCGUCGCCUCCUGAAGGGCUAUGCCAUGAGCAGAUAA